AUGUCUUUGACAGAGUCGCCAUCAUUCAAAACAUUCAACAAACCACUCAAGGCCGCUUCGCUUCCCGACGACGAAGCAUAUGUUCUAGGUCUCACGUCACUCGAUAACGUGUAUGCUGCGUCGGCGUCAUCGCCCUCGAACGAAAUCUUUCUCUUCGAUAAGUUGUCCCUGCAGACCAUUCAAAAGCUCAGGGGACACAACACCGCGACGACCUCGAUAAGAACUGUACACGGGCUCGCUGCUGCAGAUCGGCAGCUGCUUCUUUCAUCCGGGAAGGAUGGGUGCGUCAAAGCAUGGGAUCCACGCUCAAACUCAGUCGCGGUUGACAGUGAAACAUCCGGAGCUCUGCGUCCUCUUCUGUGUUGUGACGCGUCCAGUGACGGAUUGACCGUCGCGGCAGGGACCGUUCUCGAGAGGGAAGACGCGCUCAUCCUGUACUGGGACCCCCGCUUUCCUGCUGCACCCCUCCGGACCCAUGGGUCUACACAUUCGGAUGAUGUCACCGUCGUUUCCUUCCUCAAGCAAUCCCAAUCCACCCAAAAAAUCUUGCUCUCGGCCUCGUCCGACGGCCUGAUCAGCACUUCCAACGCCGAGGAGCAUGAUGAAGACGAAGCAGUGCUGCAUGUUGGGAAUUGGAGCCGCAGCGUCUCACAAGCAGGAUGGAUCUGCGGUCCAGCGGGCGCUGACGUCUGGGCUGCAAGUGACAUGGAGACCUUCAGUACCUGGUCGAAAGAGCUUGAUCCUCGCACAGAUCUUGACAUCCGCAACCCAUCGGUCCACACGCAGUCGCGCACAUGGGUCACGGACUAUCUUAUCUCCUGUCAAAACAAUACACGAUCCUCGGGUGACCUUCGGGUCUUUGUAGGAUCAAACGAAGGAGACUUCGCUCUGAUCUCCAGCAGUGACGUCUAUGAUGCUAGUGCACCAUGGUCCUUGCAUCGCGUGUGGUCGGAAGGCCACACUGACAUCGUGCGCUCGGUGUUAUGGGAUGAAGAGAAUGGUGUGAUCCUCUCGGGUGGUGAAGAUGGUGGUAUCAAGUUAUGGAGUGCGCCUCCUCUAGAAGACGCGUACCGGGGGCCGAUGGAGGUUGACGAUGUUGCCAGUCCUGCACGCAAGAGAGAAUGGGAUGGUUCUUUGACGUCUGAUGCAGAUAUGGAGGUGGUACGUUAUAUUAAUGUUAAAACGGUCCGGUUGAUCUUGAUUGCUCUGAAACAGGAUACCAAAAGAAAACGAAGGUAA